CACUCCGUCCUCGCUGUGCGCUCCUCUCGCUCGUAGAGGAGGCUUUGAUUGACAGCUGACUCUCCUUAAUUGCGCCGUUAUUUAAUUAGUGGAGCAGGAAUCAGAUCAGUGGCACAGAGCCGUGGACUCUGACCGUCGCUUUCUCUCGCUGUGCGCAGAAGUUUCCCGCAGCUGUGUUUCUUUUGCUCUGAAAUGUGUCGCUGACUGUUGAAUUCUGUUUUCACGCUGGUUUUAUUCCGUGGUAGUGCAGUCACGGCUUCAGUAAAGUGUUCAGAGUGAUGAACUUCAGACAUGUCAAACAAGAAAGAAAAGAAGCUACAAACGUGAAGCAUCUCCCUGUAAACAUCUUUUUGUGUCUUCCUCCUGCUGCUGGCAGUUUAUUCAGCGCUGUGCGCAUAAAGGUGCAGCCGCUGUGUCAAGCUCUGUGACAAAGCUGCCGCUGUUUGAGGGCUUUAUUCAAUUAAGAUGUGGAAGAAUUUCCCACGAAAACCCUCCCCUCCACUUAAAAAUGUGCCAACCCGAGGAUGCACGAGUCCAUGUAAUGCUGAAAUCUGUGUGCUUCUUUGCAGCAGAGACUCAUGGUCAUGGUCUGUGUCUGAAGUCUCAUUUGGGACAAAAAUGUUUGACGUGAAACAGAUAAAAACUCACCGACAGUGAAAUAAAAUGGAAACAGUAGAUCCUGCAGUUUGAAAUGAAAAGUGUCCCCCGUGUGCAGUGAUCGGUAACUUAACCCUUCAUUAUUGUGUCUGAGUUGUGUUGUUUCCUUUGAAAGCUGCUUGACAAUGUACACUGUAGAAGAAGUGCGGCGGGUCUCCAUCUAUCCAUCCAUUCACCCAUCUGUUAGCUCUGCCUGCUUUAUCCUUUGGAGAGAGGCAGGGGGGCUGCAGCCUUUUGCAGCUGACAUUAAGCGAGAGGUGGGGUUCACCCUGGACAGGUCACCGGUCGAUCACAGGGCAAAAAUGCAGCAUUGCUGCAAAAGUACAACACUGUGCAGUAAAACCCUGGAAAUCUUUAUUCAGAACAAAAUAUUUUACAGUAAAUUACAAGUAAAACAUCAAAUUCAGGAUGAAGCAGCAUUUCAAAGCAAGCAGUCAAAAAUGGACCCGCCCCAACCUGUUAGUACAAGUGUCACAGGAUUUAAACGCAGUCAGUUUUACCUGAAUGCAUAGAAACUGGACGUCUAUGAACUGUCAGCUCAGUCUGACUCACACACUGCUGUUGUUUCAAAGCCCCUGCCACUUCUCAAAGCAGUUUAGAUUGAGUGAAACAGGCCCGUCACUCACAGCUCAUCACAUGUGGACACUUCUAAAGCAUCACGUUAAACGCUCUUGGUGGCUGUCAUCAUUUAACCUACAUGACAAAUGCUGCGAAGGGUCUUAUUUUAGCCCAAGCAUUGAAAGCUGCAGCAACUUUUAAGUUUUCGUUUUGACGGCUGCGUUUGGGCUGCCGGUUAUAACAUAUAUAUAUUUUAAAUAGUGAGGGCAGACAAACCAAAAAGCAACCAACACGCGUGGCAUCUUGCGAGCAUCGUCCCUCUCAGUGAGGAGUGUCCAAAUGUAAAACGUGGGUGGCAAGCCAGCGGUGCUUUCCAAAGCCUCAGAAAGUUUGUGUCUGAUUCUCAGCUGUGAGUAAAAGUGAAACACAUUUGUGGGUAAAAACAAGAUCAAAACAAAAACAUGCAAGUUAUCCACUCCUGACAGGCAGACUUAUGUCACACUCGCCCCUCUAUGUGUGAACACCGCACAGUGCAGCGUUCACACGGGGACGUGAACGCUGCUCCAAACCUGCUGAACAACAGCAAAGCUUCUCGUACCGUCUUAUGAAGCGCUUUAAUUAAACUGAACCAGCUCGUGACGUGGACCUGCAGGGCCCCGAGAGAGACACACAGAGCCGGACAAUAAAACCUCGAGUUAAUAACUGAAUAAAACUGUCUGUUUCUCAAAGGAUCCUUUAACAUCUUUACAAAUGAAGGUAAAGAGGAGCUGCCAUGUUGGCCUCCUCCAUCCCCCCGUCACUCCUCCUCUUCCUCCACAUCCUCUCCCCUUUCUCCCAACCUGUGGAUGCCUCGAAACAUGUGGAGUUGAAGGGCGCCCCCCUGUCGCACCUGCUCCUGGAUCCUGGAGCGGGACAUAUUUAUGUGGGCGGGGUCAAUAAUCUGUACCAGCUGACCACUGACCUUGAGGUGUUGUUGCACGUAAAGACCGGCCCUUACCGGGAUUCCCCAGAGUGCCUCCCACCAAUCGUGCUCCAGGAAUGUCCAUCAGCCAAGGACACCGACAACUACAACAAACUGCUGCUGAUGGAGACGGGGCAGGGGGCGGAGCCAGGGAGUCUGAUAGUCUGUGGAUCACUGUUCCAGGGAAUCUGUGAAAAGAGGAGUCUGUCCAAUAUUUCUCAGCUCAUCUAUCAGACGUCCAAUCCCGUUGACACUCAGUACGUCGCAGCCAACGCUCCAGGUGUCUCCACUGUUGCCGUGGUAAUAACCACGAAAAAUAAGCAGGAAGGGGGUGGGGAUGGUGACGUGCUGCGUCUGAUGCUGGUUGGUCGAAGCUACACUAGCAAAGGCCCUGGCGACAUCCCACCAAUCACGACACGGCGGCUGUCUCCAGUGGUUCCACCCCGCAGAGCGUUCUCUCAGGAGGAGGAGCUUGGAAAACUUGUUGUAGGAAGUUACUCCGAUUACAACAACCACUUUGUGAAGGCUGUUGUCCAUGGCAACCAUGUCUACUUCCUGUUCUCACGGCGGCACAAGAAGGAGUACCGGACUUAUGCCUCCAGGCUCUGCAUCUCUGAUCGUAGCUUCUACUCGUACGUUGAGGUGCCGCUGCUGUGCCAGGGUGGGUAUAACCUGGCACAGGGUGCAUGGUUAGGCAACCACUCAGGUGAACCUCACCUGUUUGUCGUCAUGGCAGCGGGGCAGGCGUCCACGCCCGUAGCAACAAAUCGUUCAGCUCUCUGCAUUUAUGGCAUGGCGGAGUUAGACACAAUGUUGCGGAGAGCACAGGAAGUGUGUUACACAGAGGGAGGACAAGGCAGCGGUGGAAAGGAGGAGGCCUACAUCGAGUACGGCGUGUCAUCAAAAUGUCUCAAACUGCCGAAGGUCUCUCUCUCAGAGUACCCCUGUGGAGGGGAACACACCCCCAACCCCAUCGCUAGCGCCGUGCCCCUCAAAGCCACGCCCAUUGUCAACUCCACUAUACAGCUGACCGCUGUCACCACAGCAACUGAGGCGGGCCACACCAUCGCUUUCCUGGGAGAUAGAAAGGGACAACUGCAAAAGGUGUUGGUGAUCUCCAAUCAGUCAGGCCAUCUGUAUGGCAGCGAGUUGGUGGACAGUGGCAGUGCCGUCAGCGCUGAUCUCCUAUUGGAUGAGAGCCAGGAACAUGUUUAUGUUUUAACAAACAGCAGGCUGUCGAAGGUUCCUGUGUCAUCCUGUGAGAAACAGACAGACUGUCGCUCCUGUCUCGCUGUCAGAGACCCGUACUGUGGCUGGUGUGUCCUGGAGGGAAGAUGUUCCCGGAAACAUCAGUGUCAGCGUCACCUGCAGUCCAACCACUGGCUCUGGAGCUUUGAACCAACCAGUCAGUGCGUGACAGUGCAGAGCCUGCAGCCGGCCAAUCACAGCAAAGAAGAGCAGACGCAGGUAACGCUGUCGGUCCCCCAGCUUCCCGCCCUCGCAAAGGAGGAGUCUCUGUCCUGCAUCUUCGGGCUCCUCCCGCCUCAGCCUGCCAUUGUCAUGGGAAACAGCAUCACCUGCCAAUCCCCUGCCCCGGAGCACCUCCCACCUCUGCCCACAGGAAGCGAUCACAUGAUCCUGCCCGUGUCACUGAUGUUUGGUCAUGUGACCGUCACAACGGGCAACAUGACCUUCUAUGACUGCAUGGCUGUAAGCCGACUGAACCAGAGCUCCCAGUGUUUGGCGUGUGUCAGCAGUGUGUGGCGCUGUAACUGGUGUCCUCUGGAUCAACUCUGCACUCACAACCACAGCUGUCCAAACCAGCACAUCAUCCUCAACCACAGAGACUCUCCUGGUCCUACUUCCUGUCCGCUAGUCUACGACCUACAGAGCUCUGCUUUAGUUCCCAUGGGCCUGAGCGCCACAGUGGUGCUGCGGGGACGAAACCUGGACGUCUACACUGAUGAAGCUCCGUAUGUGUGUGUUGUUGAAAUCGAAGGAUCCCGGACUAAUCUGACAGCUUCUGUGGAGAAAAUGCACGACAACACGCACACCUUCACCUGCACGCAGCAUCAAUUUCAACAUCCAGUCAGUCAACUUCAGUAUUCUGCUCCUGUCUACCUGCGGAGAGGGGAACGACGCAUUGAUGCCUCACCUGGACUCCGACUCCAGCUGUAUGACUGCUCAGCUGGCCAAUCAGAUUGCUCACAGUGCAGGGCGGUGCCUAAAGAGUACGGCUGUGUAUGGUGUCCUGGAAGCCCAGCCCCGAGCUGUGUGUACAGCCAAACCUGCUCCAGUAAACCUGCAGACACCUGCCCGCCUCCUCAGAUCACAAAGGUGGAGCCUGCCUCCGGUCCUCUAGAGGGCGGCAUUCUGGUGACGAUCACAGGAUCGAACCUGGGCAUGAAGUAUGAGGAUGUGGUGGGCGGAGUCACUGUGGCGGGUAUUCAAUGCCUGCCUCAGUCUAAAGGUUACAAGAUCUCCACCAGGGUUGUGUGUGAGCUGCAGCCUAGUGGGAAGCAGAAAGAAGGGCCCAUCUUGGUUACUGUGGGAACAACUCGUGGGAGGUCAACAAAGAUGUUCACCUAUCAGGAUCCCCUGCUGCAGGAUCUCAUUCCUAAUAAAGGUCCCGUCUCCGGAGGAACCAGGCUGACCAUCAAAGGACGACAGCUGCUCACCGGGCAGACGUCUGACCUGAGCGCCUUCCUGGGCACCCAGCCCUGCUACAUAGUUGAAGAGGUGAAUGACACGCAGCUGGUGUGUCAGACUGGUUCCAGCAAUCGGACGGGUCUCGUCCCAGUUCGGGUUCUGUUUGGUAAAGCCGAGCGGACUAUUCCAAACGUUACCUUCCAUUACCUCGAAGACCCCGUCAUCACCAGCGCCAUACCUGCCGAGAGCUUCUACGCGGGUGGGCGUGUCAUACGAGUGGAGGGCAGGAACCUGGAUGUGGUGCAGCAGCCAAUCAUAUCUGUGUGGGUGGAGCCUCUAGAGGUACAAAGGGUGAAACGGAAGAAACGACUGGCUCUUCUCACCUCCAAGCAGCAGCUCGUCUUUAACAGCACCAUGACAACGGUAUCAGAGCGCUGCUCCAUCCUGUCGUCCUCUCAGAUGACUUGCCCGACCCCCAGAGUGAACCCAGAGGUCAAAGUUAAGGGUGUCUGGUUUCAGCUUGAUAACGUCAGAGUCCACUAUGAGAGCAUCAAGGGUAAAAGCUUCACUUACUAUCCAAACCCAGUUUUAUUUCCAAUCAACCGAGAAAAUCUAGAUGUGCCGUUCCGUUUCAAACCUGGAGGAGUGAUCGCUGUGGAGGGCCAGGACCUGACCAGAGCCAUGUCCAAAGAGGAAGUGAAGGCUUGGCUUGGAGAUCAGGAGUGUGACGUGAAAACUUUGGACAGUACUCACCUGUACUGUGACCCUCCAGAGGUCCAACCACUCAGUGUGGAUGACAGCCAUGAACUUCCUAGCCUCAAGGUUUUCAUGGGAAACCUGCAAGUGGACCUGGGAUUGGUUCAGUACGACAGCAACUCUCUGCUGCCUGCUGUCCCAUUGGCUGCUCAGAUCGGUUUGGGGGCAGGAGCAGCUGUCAUCAUCCUGUCAGUGUUGGUCAUCAUCCUCAUGUACAGGAGGAAAAGUAAACAAGCUCUCCGAGAUUAUAAAAAGGUUUUACUGCAGUUAGAAACUCUGGAGAUCAACGUGGGAGAUCAGUGCCGCAAAGAGUUCACUGACCUGAUGACAGAGAUGAUGGAUCUGAGCAGUGAUGUGGGAGGACCAGGAGUCCCCCUCUUGGACUACAGGAUAUAUGCAGAGAGAGUUUUCUUCCCUGGCCAGCAGACGGCGCCACUGAGUCGUCAGCUAGAUCUGCCUGAGUCGAGGAGGCAGACUGUGGAGCAGGGCCUGCAGCAGCUCAACAACCUGCUCAAUAACAGACUCUUCCUCACCAGGUUCAUCCACACUUUGGAGGCCCAGCAGGGUUUCUCCCAGCGAGAUCGUGGCUACGUGGCCAGCCUGCUCACCAUGGCUCUGCACGACAAACUGGAAUACUUCACUGAAGUCAUGAAGAGCCUGCUGCAGGACCUGGUGCAGCAGUAUGUUGCCAAGAACCCCAAACUCAUGCUGCGCCGAACAGAGACGGUCGUUGAGAAGAUGUUGACCAACUGGAUGUCCAUCUGCCUCUAUUCCUUCCUGAAGGAGGUGGCGGGAGAGCCUCUCUACAUGCUCUACAGAGCCAUAAAGUAUCAGGUGGACAAAGGGCCGGUGGAUGCUGUGACGGGAAAAGCCAAACGAACGCUCAAUGACAGUCACCUGCUGCGGGAGGACAUUGAAUAUUGCUCAGUGACUCUGACAGUGCUGGUGAAAAACGGAGUCGAAGUUCAGCCAUGUCCUGUUAAAGUGCUCGACACCGACACGAUCACACAGGUGAAAGAUAAGAUUCUGGAUCAGGUCUACAGAGGAGCUCCAUUCUCUCAGAGACCAUCAGCUGACAGUCUUGACCUCGAGUGGCGUUCAGGCCAAGCAGGUCAUCUGACCUUGUCGGAUGAUGAUGUCACAGCAGUGGUUCAAGGUCGUUGGAAACGACUCAACACACUGCAGCACUAUAAGGUUCCCGACGGCGCCACAGUCGCUCUCAUCCCUCGUUCUCAAAGUUCAGGUGGAGUGGGAGUCAACCAGGUCUUCCAAACUGGAGAGAAAACGCCAAUGCUGGAGGGUGAGGAGGAGGAGGGUCUCCGUCUAUGGCACCUGGUGAAGAGCAGUGAAGAUCCUGAAAUCCCAAAACACAGAAAGAGCAGUAUGAGGGAGAGGGAGAGAGCCAAGGCCAUCCCAGAGAUUUACCUGACCAGGCUGCUGUCCAUGAAGGGGACAUUGCAAAAGUUUGUGGAUGACGUGUUUGUGGCGAUACUCAGUACAAAGCGUCCUCCUCCGAUCGCCGUGAGGUUUUUCUUCGACUUUUUGGACGACAUGGCUGAGAAACAUGGAAUUGACGACCCAGAAACUGUCCACAUCUGGAAGACCAACAGUCUCCCUCUUAGGUUCUGGGUCAACAUCCUGAAGAACCCUCAGUUCGUUCUGGACGUUCAGGUGACCGACAGCAUCGACGCUGUUCUGUCUGUCAUCGCUCAGACCUUCAUAGACUCUUGCACCACCUCUGAGCACAAAGUGGGACGGGACUCGCCUGUAAACAAGCUGCUGUACGCCAGAGAGAUCCCCAGAUACAAACAGCUGGUGGAAAGGUAUUACAGUGACAUCCACAGUGCUGCGUCAGGCUGUUAUCAAGAGAUGAAUUCCACUCUGACGGAACUUUCUGGGAGUUUUGCAUCAGAAAUGAACAAUCUUGUGGCUCUCCAUGAGCUCUACAAGUACAUCAACAAAUAUUAUGAUCAGAUCAUCAUGUCUCUGGAGGAGGACAGUUCAGGGCAGAAGAUGCAGCUGGCCUAUCGGUUGCAGCAGGUCGCCGCCUUGGUGGAGAACAAGGUCACGGACCUCUGAUGUGUUUUUAUCUUAAAUGAGGAGAGGAGGAUGAUGGAGGAUGGGGAUGAAGAAUCAUAAGAAACAUCUUGACAAAGACUGAAGCAGUGGAAAUGACUGGACUGCUGUGGCACUGUGUCUUCCUGCUGUGUGCAU